GCAGGUCUUCAACAGUCAUACACGGCUUAUAAGCUUAACAAAGAUAAUAAGUUUGAACAGUUGCCGGGACUUACAAACUAUACUUCAGAUCAACUAUUUUUUAUACAAUACGCGCAGAUUUGGUGCGAAGUAGUGAGCAAUGAGGGCCACCGCAGAAGUCUUCUCGACGAUCACAGCCCCGGAAGACAUCCAAACAAUGGUUUGAUGUCUGAGUUGACAAUCGAUGGCAGAAACUAUUGGCUAAGGAAUUGGCAAACGAUUCACAGGUUUUCCACAAUUAAUGAUAAUUUGGAUUCAAAUAAAGAUUUGGAGAAAAUAGAGAAAGAGAGACAACGAGUGAAACAACAGAAGAUCACUAAAUAUACACUUCUGGCCAUGUUUUGCAUGUUUUGCGGUUCGGGUCUCUACUGUCUGCUGGAGUGGGGAAAGCCAUCCAUUGAUUCCGACGGCAAUCCAGUGGACGACAAGUUCUCUUCGUUGCCAUUAAUGGUUCAAUACGUGUACAGAGCGUGGGAUACGUUCGCCCACUACGAGCAGGUUCUUCGUGAGCCCACACGAAACCUGUUGUUACCGCCACCUCUGGAGCCGCCUUACUAUCAGCCGCCGUUCACUCUUGUGCUGGAGAUGACGGGUGUGUUAGUCCAUCCGGAGUGGACCUAUCGGACGGGUUGGCGGUUCAAGAAGAGACCGUUUGUCGAUUACUUUCUGCACCAUUUGGCCACUUCUGGUAACUUCGAAAUCGUGGUCUACACCUAUGAACAGGGAUUCACUGCCUUUCCGCUCAUUGAUAGUCUCGACCCAAACGGUUACGUAAUGUAUAGACUGUUCAGGGAUUCAACGCGUUAUGAGAACGGCGUUCACCUCAAAGACUUGAAUUGUCUGAACCGAGACCUAAAUAAAGUGAUUCACAUCGACUGGAAUGGCAACGCGUGUCAACUGAAUCGCGACAAUUGUCUUACGCUGAAGAAGUGGGACGGAAACACUGACGACCGCACGCUCUACGACUUGUCGCACUUCUUGAGGGCGAUCGCCACCGAAGGCGUCGAUGACGUGCGACAAGUGCUCCAACACUACUCACAAUUCGAGGAUCCGAUCGAAGCGUUCAAACUUUUGGUUGCUUUCAAUCGGCUUGUCGUCUUGGUCGGGAGCUGA